AUGACAGUCGUUCCAAAAAAGACAGGCCAUGUGCAGCCUAUUAGUUGCACCAACUGUGCCUGGUGCGUGCCCAAGGACAAGGCCAUUAAGAAGUUUGUCAUUCAAAACAUAGCAGAGGCUGCAGCCGUAGGGACAUCUCCGAAGCGAGUGUCUGAUGCCUAUGUGCUUCCCAAGCUGUGUGUGAAACUACAUUACUGUGUGAGCUGUGCCAUUCACAGCAAGGUAGUCAGGAAUCGUUCUCAUGAAGCCUGGAAGGACCGAACACCCCCUACCCCGAUUUAG